CAUGUCGCAGCACUGGGGCGCUGCGGUGUCGGGGUACCGAGGUGUCAGGGUGCCAGGGCAGCGUGGGCUGGGCACCAUCAGGGAGCUGUGCCCAGGGACAAAGCAGGGGCUGUGCGGGCAGCGAAAGACCCGGACCGCGCCGUGCCGAGCCGUGCCAUGCCGUGCCGGGACGUGACAGCCCCGCCGCGAUCCGGGUUCCCAGCGGAAGGCGGAGCCGCGCAGGGAGGAUCCCGGGACGAGCAGCGGCGGAGCGGCCAUCGCUCGGCACCGCCCGGCGCGGCGCGGCCCGGCCCGGCACAGCACGGUACGGCCCGCCGUGCCGCGGGGAUGGCCGCCCGCAUCCUGCACCGCCUGCGGCACGCGCUGGGCGCGGACGGCGCCCGGGAGGAGCGGACGCGCGACGGCGUUGAGGCCGAGGACUGCCCCGAGAGCUCGGAGCUGGAGGACGACACCGAGGGGCUGUCCACGCGCCUCAGCGGCACCCUGAGCUUCAGCGGGCACGGGGAGGACGAGGAGGAGGAGGAGGAGGAGGAAGAGGAGGACGGCGGAGGCGAGGAGCUGCCGACGGGGGAUGCGGCGCGGGACGGAGGCAGGUGCUGGGACGGGUGCCCUGUGCGCCCGCUGUCCCCGCGCCCGCUGAGCCCUUCUCCCCGCACAGAGUGGGGCCCGGCGGGGCGGCCCGGCGGCCUGCUGACCCGGCAGCUGCAGGAGCUGUGGCGGCGGUCGCGGAGCAGCCUCGUCCCGCAGCGGCUGCUCUUCGAGGUGACCAGCGCCAGCGUGGUCAGCGAGCGCUCCUCCAAGUACGUGCUCUACACCAUCUACCUGAUCCGCUCCGGGCAGCUGGACAAGGCCCCCGCCGCCAUCGCCCGUCGCUACUCAGACUUCGAGCGGCUGAACCGCCGCCUGCGCGGCCGCUUUGGCUGCGACAUGGCGGGCAUCGCCUUCCCCAGGAAGAGGCUGCGGCGCAACUUCACGGCCGAGACCAUCGCCAAGCGGAGCCGAGCCUUCGAGCAGUUCCUGUCCCACCUGCACUCCAUCGCCGAGAUCCGCCGCUCGCCCGAGUUCCUUGAAUUCUUCUUCCUGCAGGACCUGCGCGCCGCCCAGCGCCUCACCUGCACCGGCAUGUACCGCGAGGCCCUGGCCACCUGGGCCAACGCCUACCGCCUGCAGGACCGCCUGGGGGUCUGUGGCUCCGGCCGCUUCCUCCUGACGCUGGCUGGGUUGGUUGUCUGCCACCAGGAGCUGGACCAGCUGGGUGAAGCCCACGGCUGCUGCGAGCAGGCGCUGCAGCUGCUGGAGGCCCAGGACAGCCACCCGCUGCUGGGGCCCUUCCUCCAGGCUCACGUCCACCUGGCCUGGAAAGUGGGCAAGGACAAGCGGCAGUCGGAGGCCCGGCUGCAGGGCCUGCAGGAGGCCGGGGUGCCCUUGCAGCAGCAACCCAGCCUGAAGGAGUGUCUGAUCAAGGAACCUCUGGAGUGAGGCUGGGGGCCGUGGGGUGCAGGACAGCUCGCGCUCUGGGGCGGGGGAGGGAGCGGUGAAGUUUGAGAUGAGGCGCGGAGGCAGAGUGGUGUUGGCACAGCCUGCGUGUGGUGGCUGGGAGCAGGGUUGGCCCCUCUUGGAGCCAUCUCUCAGAAAUGCACUUUCUGUGUCAGUUUUUCCACCGGUGCUGGGUGCUUGCUGCCCACACUACCUGUCAGGAGCCAGCUGCUCCUUGGGGUUAUCGAAACAGACAGGAUUUUAGCUGAGACACACUGGCACUGCGUUAAAGGGACAGGAAGGCUUCCGGCCAGGAACUUCCAAUAACAGAAAAUAAAGAGGACUUUAUUUAAUAAAGUCUUGGUAGGAGAAAGAACAGGA